CUUCCUUUACUCCGUAUUGCUCUCGGUCAACUCCAGUCUAUCUCAAUUGCGCACCUAUAGAUUACCGUUGUUGAUUGAUUGCGACCAUGGUCUACACAGCAUCCUUUGCCUUCUUCGAGGCACUCUGGGAGGCUGGGGUCUCCCAUGUCUUUGUCAACCUUGGAUCUGACCACCCCUCUAUCCUCGAGGCUAUGGUCAAGGGCCAGAAAGAAAAGCCCGAUGCCUUCCCCAAGAUCAUAACCUGUCCCAACGAGAUGGUGGCCCUGUCUAUGGCCGACGGCUAUGCCCGCUUGACCGGGGAACCUCAAUGUGUGAUUGUUCAUGUCGAUGUUGGUACCCAGGGGCUCGCUGCUGCUAUUCACAACGCAUCGUGUGGCCGAGCCCCCGUCUUGAUCUUCGCCGGUCUCUCCCCGUAUACUAUUGAAGGAGAAAUGCGUGGCUCGCGCACAGAAUAUAUCCACUGGAUCCAAGAUGUUCCGGACCAGAAGCAGAUCGUCUCACAAUACUGCCGAUAUGCCGCGGAAAUCCGAUCUGGUAAGAACAUCAAGCAGAUGGUCAACCGCGCUCUUCAAUUCGCUACGAGUGAUCCCAAGGGACCUGUCUAUCUGGCCGGUGCACGAGAGGUCAUGGAGGAGGAUAUCACCCCUUACUCUCUCAAUCAGAGUCACUGGGCGCCUGUCUCCCCAUCUGCUCUCCCAACCGAAGGUGUCGAAUUGAUUGCAUCAGAGCUCGCAGCUGCGAAGAACCCCCUGGUCAUUGUCGGUUACUCUGGUCGGGAGGCGCGAGGUGUCCAUGAGUUGGUCACUCUCGCCAACACCUUCCAGGGCAUCCGCGUCCUCGACACUGGCGGCUGUGACAUGUGCUUCCCUGGCGACCAUCCUGCAUGGCUAGGCAUGCGCUUUGGUGUUCAUGAUGCCAUCAAGUCUGCUGACUUCAUCCUUGUUGCCGACUGUGACGUACCUUGGAUCCCGACGCUCUGCAAGCCCUCCGACUCGGCACGCAUCAUUCAUGUCGAUGUCGACCCCCUCAAGCAGCAGAUCCCUGUUGCCUAUAUUCCCACGAUAGCGACCUUCCGCGCCGAAUCGGCAACUGCUUUCAAGCAGCUCAACGAAUAUGUUGCCUCCAACCCCUCCAUUCAGCAGACAGUCCAGUCGGAUGAAAACCAUGCUCGUGGCAAGCGCCGCGCAGAGGUUUUCCAGAAGACCCGCCAAGCUAUCUACAACCUCGCCCGCUUACCUCCCGGCGGCGAUGUCGCUCCCCUCAAUGCCAACUAUCUCAUCAGCCAACUACGCCAGUCCUGCCCAUCGGAUACCAUCUGGGCCAUCGAAUCCGUAACUCUCACUACCCACGUGGCCGACCAGAUCGCCCCUACCCUACCGAAAUCCUGGAUCAACUGCGGUGGUGGUGGACUCGGGUGGUCCGGCGGUGGUGCCCUGGGCAUCAAACUCGCCACCGACGCCAAACACGGCGGGACAAAUAAGGGCAAGUUUGUCUGCCAGAUCGUCGGCGACGGCACCUAUCUCUUCUCUGUCCCAGGGUCUGUUUACUGGGUUGCUCGUCGCUACAACAUUCCCAUCCUUACCAUUGUGCUCAACAACAAGGGCUGGAAUGCCCCUCGACGCAGUAUGCUCCUCGUCCAUCCCAACGGCGAUGGAUCCCGUGCUACGAACGAAGACCUCAACAUCUCUUUCGCUCCGACUCCAGACUAUCCGGGUAUCGCGACAGCUGCAUCCGGUGGUACCUUCUGGGGUGCCCAGGCUGCUAAUGUUGCUCAGCUGAGGAAGCUGCUACCCGAGGCUAUCAAGAGUGUGCAGAAUGGUACCACGGCGGUCUUGGAGGCGCAACUCGAUGGAACGAAGGGCAAAUAUGUCGCUGCGAAGCCUUCGCUGUGAUGUUUCCUUCAUCUUAUCAUUACGCUUAUCACGUCUAUAUGAGGAUUAUGAUACAUGAUACAGUCUUUUGCAAAAGACUGAUGCCGCCUCCGAUCAGGACAGAUAGAGACAGAAAGUAGUCUCAUACAAUACAAUGAAUAACCAUAUAC